AUGGCAGAAAUAGUGGAGAUUGUGACGGCUUGCUUUGAGCUGGCAGUGAAAAUAGAGGAGUGCAUAAGAGCAGCCAGGGAGAGCUCUGAAGCCCAGGAGCGGCUGGCAACACGCAUUCGCACCACCAAGACUGUGUUGAGGGAGAUCGAGGAGCAGUAUGGGGGAGCAACAACGAACGGCUUAAGGCAGGCACUGGAGUGUGUGCAGGAGCAGCUGGAGAGGGCAGCCGGCAUCUUUGAUAAAGAAAGGAAUGAAGGCAGACUCAGGAGACUUUGGGAAGCCAGGGGCAGAUGCGCUGAAUUGAGCGAGCUGGACAAAUGUCUUCAAGGGGCUGUUGGAGUCCUGCUGGUGGCUCAGACGGCACUGUUGGGUGCUGUCCUCAUUCAGACGCACCAGAAAGUUGACGAUGUCAAGAGGAUGCUGGAAAAGCUGACCACAGAUGAGAAAAAUUGGGUCGAAGAGCCAAAGCAAAUAUCUGACACCUUUGCAGAGAAGCUGGCUGACUCUAGUAGCAAUGAGGAGCAAAUGCAGCACAGAAAUGAGGGGCCUCCGAGGUAUGGUCAGAGGACCUCCAGCGGAAGUCUUGUUCCCGCUGCUUCUGAGGAACCUGUGAGGUACAAUCAGCAGAUGCUGCAGUUUCUCAAGCAGCAGAUGGAUACAUUCAACACCAUCUUUACAUUGCCGAAAUUCUACUCCGCCCUAAAAGCGUCCCCGGAGGGUUGGGGCGAGUCCAUGGAAAAGACAAUGGACGCUAUGAAGCUGGGCUGGAUGCUCAUCGACCGCCACAAAAAACAAUUCAAACUUGACACAUUCUAUAAGAUUUAUGAAGCAAAAACUGCAGUGGAAAAGAUCUGCAGCACGCUCAAGGAGUUCCUGGAUGCUUGGGAGUUCCAUGAUGUAAAGAUUGACAAGUCGGUGCCUCAGGAUGCCAUCAAGGCGGACAAAGACGAGCUUCGAGAGUACCUGGCAUUCGUUCUGAGGGAUGGCAGCUGCGCCUUUCAGGGGCUCCCUGAGCACGUGAAGAAGGAAUGGGAGCUUGUUAAGGUGUCGACCAGUGCGAUGCUGGGUAUGGUGAAAGUCCCAGCCACCGACGAGGAAAUCGUGCUGGGGCGGCACAUUUCUGGUGCUGUGUACGAGGGCGAGUGGGAUGGCACGCCGGUGGCAGUGAAGAAGAUGCUCAAGGACAAUGAUCCGUCCAAGUUGGACCUGGAGGACUUUGCCCAGUUCUUCAUGGAAGCUGUGGCAUUGGCAAAGCUCAAGUCGCCCCACAUCGUCACGUUCCUCGCUGCCACCGAGUCUGGCAGGCUGGUGAUGGAGCUUGGGAAGGAGCAGCUCCUCAAGUGGUGUGAGGCCCGGCAGAAGGACUCGCUUGUCGGCUUGGCCCCGGAGGGUCUCCCGCUGAGACUGGGGCUCCUGCUGCAGGCCGCAAAAGCCUUGAAGGAAAAGAAGGCGGCCGGAAACAAGCCCUGCACGCUGAACCCAAACCUGGGAGCGCCAGCCGGGCUGGAGGAGGUCAUGUUGAAGUGCACGGAGACGGACCCGGGGGCCCGGUAUAGCAGCAUGAAAGAGGUCUGCAACGCCUUGGAGGCGGUGAUAAAAGCGGCCGGAUGGAGUGUUUAG